GGUCCCUCAGCCAGCUCCACCCCCAGGUGGUUUGAACUUUGAGCCUCUUAUAGUCCUGAUGAACAGUUUCGCUUUCCUCAAGUUUAAGACACUUGGAACUUCAAGAAUUGGAGGUUUAUGCAAUUUGAGACCGGUCAGCACUGAGCAGAGUUCAGAGGACUAAGAGACAGAGAGUAAAAUGGCUUCCAGAGGAAAGACAGAGACAAGCAAAUUAAAGCAGAACUUAGAAGAACAGUUGGAUAGACUAAUGCAGCAGUUACAGGACCUGGAGGAAUGCAGAGAGGAACUUGAUACAGAUGAAUAUGAAGAAAUCAAAAAAGAAACUCUGGAGCAACUAAGUGAAUUUAAUGAUUCACUAAAGAAAAUUAUGUCUGGAAAUAUGACUUUGGUUGAUGAACUAAGUGGAAUGCAACUGGCUAUCCAGGCAGCUAUCAGCCAGGCCUUCAAAACCCCAGAGGUCAUCAGAUUGUUUGCAAAGAAACAACCUGGUCAGCUUUGGACAAGGUUAGCAGGGUUCCCCGACCAGGGAUCGAACCCGCGUCCCCUGCAUUGGAAGGCGGAUUCUUUACUACUGGACCACCAGAUGGAUAGAGAUCUCAUGGUAGGAAAGCUGGAAAGAGACCUGUAUACUCAGCAGAAAGUGGAGAUACUAACAGCUCUCAGGAAACUUGGAGAGAAGCUGACUGCAGAUGACGAGGCCUUCUUGUCAGCAAACGCAGGUGCUAUACUCAGCCAGUUUGAGAAAGUCUCUACAGACCUUGGCUCUGGCGACAAAGUUCUUGCUUUGGCAAGUUUUGAGGUUGAAAAAACAAAAAAAUGACGUGGUGUGAAAACUUAGGACAUUGAUCGCAUUCUUGUUGUAAAUGGCACUUUUCCUUCCGGGGAUUUUGAGUCAUGGCAAAGAAGUCAAGAGAUUCAUGAACUGUAUUAAUAACCUAAGAAAAGGUGACAGAAAAACAUACUUAAGGCUUUUGUUUAUGCCCUUCAUCAUUGUGCUUUGUGUAGGGAUACCCACUUCCGUGAUCCUGGUCUUG